AUGUAUUCAGAAAAGAAAGAAAACGUCUCUUGGACUGUAAUUAUCAUCGUAUUCAUCAGAGAGUCUCUCUCUCUGGAACAUGCCGAUGGAAAAAGUGAAAGUUCUCUAUCGCGAGAUAAUGGAGAUUACAACUUCCAAUAUUCCAUCCACCGAAAUGAUGGUUCCAGUAAUUCCAGGAGUGAAAUGGGAAAUAGCGACGGAUUGAAGAUGGGUUCUUAUAGUCUGACUGAUAUUGAUGGUCGUAAAAGAUCGGUAGAUUAUGUUGCGGAUCAUCACGGAUUUCGUGUGGUAGUACGUUCUAACGAACCUGGAACAAUGAAUUUACCUGAAGAUCAUCCUCCUGAUCAAAGAGGUACCGUACAUGUGUCUGCAAAAUAUCCACCUGGCCACGCAUAUUAUCUACCGCUAAAACGAUAA